GGGGCGGCCGCACACGGGACCCAAAGCCGAUCCCUUCUCGCCUGUCCCACAGCCGCUCCAUCCGUCCCACGACAUGGACUGUGGCGUGAUCACCUCCAAAACCGUGCUGCUGCUGCUAAGCCUCGCCUUCUGGGCAGCAGCAGCUGGUCUCAGCUAUGUUGGGGCAUAUGUCAUUAACACCUACAAGAGCUACGACAACUUUCUGCAGGACAAGUAUGCUCUGUUGCCAGCCGUGAUCAUUAUUUGUGUUGCUGUGGUAAUGUUCAUCAUUGGAUUGAUCGGCUGCUGUGCCACCUUCCGGGAGUCUCGAGUUGGCCUAGGGCUGUUCUUGGCCAUUAUCCUAGUUAUCUUUAUUGCAGAAGUAUCUGCAUUUGUCCUGGGAUUUGUUUACAGGGAAAAGGUAAAAACUGACGUGCAAGGCACCAUGCACUCAGUCUUUGACAAGUAUGAUGGGAAAAAUCCAGAGUCUACUGUUGUGGAUUACUUGCAAGUACAGCUUCACUGUUGUGGGGUAAAGAAUUACAGCGACUGGACAAACACACAGUGGUUUAACUCCACCGGUAACAACAGCGUCCCUCUGAGCUGCUGCAGGCAAGAUAUGAAGAACUGCACAGGGCGUCUGGAUCAGCCAGAGGAACUCAAUACGCGGGGCUGCGCAGGGGAACUGGAGUCUGGGCUGCAGAGCGUUAUCAGCUAUGCUAUGCUUGUAAUCCUGGGGUUUGCCAUUGUAAAGUUCUUUGGCAUGCUGAGUGUCUGCGUGCUUACUUGCAAGAGAGAAGACAGUGGAUAUCAGCCUCUUUACUCAGGGGUGUUUGCUUAAUAAAAUGCAAAGAUCACUGGUUUGUUUUUUUUAUUUUUAUUUUUUGCUUCCUGAUGAUAAAAUAGACUUGUAAAGAUGGACGCUAAAGGAGAAUUUAUGACCUUCUUGCUAAAUAUUUUAUGUACAUGAAACAGAACAUUUUAUAUUGACUUGAGACAGUUUCUUGUGGGUGAUGUGAAAUGGCAAUCUCAAUAUUCCAUGCCCUGCAGUAACAUACCCUGAUCUUGCACACCUCAGCUUUCUGUAUGGUUAUUGUAGAUUUGGGUUUGUGACUUUGGAUAGCACCAGAUGGUGUAAUAGAUUCCAGAAAUAAUUUUUCUUCUGCAGUUCUGUCCUCUACCCUUAAAACAUGCAGAAGAAAUGUUAUUUUUUAAUCACUCAGCUGAUUGAGACCACAGGAGGGGUUUCAGUUGUCUGCACAAGCAGCAGGUGAGUCCCAUGGCGUGGUUAAAAAGCAAAAGAUGGUUUUGAAAGCCAGGUUCAAAUAUUCUUCAUAACCAUGGGGAGUUAGAAUAUGUUGUCUCUACAUCUGAUGAUGUUUCCUUUUAGGUUUUUUUCCUCCUUCUUAUGGUCACAUGUUGUAAUUCAGUUUACUGCAGAGGUUGUUAGUGCAAGACAACCUCGUGUUUAAAGUCUAAAACAGACAUUUGAGUUGUUUUUUGAAGCAGCUAGCAAAUGUGAACAAUCCCAAGUUAGAAGGGGACGAGCUCUUGGGCCCGGGAGAGCUCUCUUUGGCUUGGUUUUUUUUUUGUCCUUUUUUUUUUUAAUUAUUAUUAUCAUUUGACAUUAAAAAUUGCUUAUGAAGCAGGGCUUUUGAAUUUUUUUUCUCUUUUUACUGUUGCUUUUAUGGUUUGGCUAAAAGACAAUGUCUAAAUGUCUAAAAGACUAUGUCUCUCUGUUUAACGUAGAAGUUGCAAGAGUUACUGAGGCAAAUAUGGGCUGGAACUUGGGAGUCACAGGACAUGUUGGCGCAGUGUUGGUCUGUAGACAGGACUGCUGGAGGGGUUAGUGCAGCUGUCCCUGUGCCGCUGAAGGCCUGACCGCUUUUCACUGCUAAAAUGUUGGCAAUGCUUUCUUGGCCCAAGGAAUUACAGUAACCUGUUGUCUGGCAGUGUUGUGCAACUCCUUGUUUGCUAGUUUUCCUUUCUCCUUAAAGGUCUGCUGAAUGUGGUCACUUCUUGGACUGCAUCGCUGCGUUAAAAAUGAACCUUCCUUAACGCAUUUGUAUGUUAAUCCGCUUCUCUGUUCUUCAGGGGGUUUUGGGGUUAUUUUUAGGGUUGUGAUGUGGGGAGGGAGGGAACUGGGAGCUAUUCUUUAACAGGGAAUUGUGAAAAAGCAAUAGUGUAUUUGGUUAUUUUUUCUUUGGAGAGAUAAGCCUCUAUCCUUAGCAAUAAACCUUUUAUAUCUGUAGCUAAUUAGAAGAAAAGGAGUUUGGGGUAAAUGUGAGGUCUUUAUUUAUCCCCCCCCCCCCCCCCGCGAGAAGAAAAGCAAUGGGUAGUGAUGUUCUAUAGGAGACAUACUAGUAUGAGCAUGUAUAUGUUGAAGUGUGACGUAAUUUUUAUUGAGGGCUUUGUCUUCUGUUGAAUGCCGAAAUAAACUUAAUUUAUAUCACCAA